CACCUACGUACUUCUUAAUCCAGGAGAAAUUAAACAGUGAUUAACGAUCGGAAGAAUAUCUUUACUCAAGUCAUCAAAGAAGGCGGUGUGGCAGCUCUCUAAGUGACAGCCAGACGUGCAGGUUAUUGCCUUUUGUCUCUCACUCACUAUUUUCGAAUUAAAGCUUUCAUCCAAUCGAAAUCGUCUGAUUCUGAGUCAAAAGACACUGACUUCAGUGCAGGAUAUCACUCUGAGCGUCGUUUUCGUGCAGUGAGCAUGCUACAUGAUCAGCAGAGCGUUGCCUCCAAGUUAGGCUUUGUUGCUGGAUACAUGGGGACUGUUUAACUUAACAGAAAGGGCUACUUUUAUUGGCAGUCAUUGUGGAAAUCUCCUUGAUGAAAAACCCCAAAAAGCACGGACGAGAGUGUGCUUGGAUGUUGCUCUGGAACACAGGUCUGUCUCCCUAAAAACUCCAUCACUAUUGUACAUUGUAUGAUCAACAAGUGUCGAUUUAGGGCCAUGAGUAUAUUUUGGCCCAAAGAAUCCUUCAAUUGUUUUGGCCAGCUUUAAUUCUAUGAACAUUGUAUCAACAGUAUUUAACGACCAAAUAUUUAUCGGACACAUCUUUUCCAGCAGCAUUAUUCCCCAAAAUGUCAGCCAUGAAUUCAACCCAGCAACUCUUUAACAAUACGGAGCCAACUACCGGUAUAGGAAAGUGGGUUUGCCAUUUGUUGAUUGCGGAAGGAGUCAUUGGUGUCUUGGGAAACCUCUUAGUGUGCUUCGUUGUUUUACGUGUCAAGUUCCUACACACUAUGACAAACUAUCUGCUGGUGAAUUUGGCUGUGGCCGAUAUGAUGGCGUGUCUGGAGAGUAUUGUUAAUGGUUUAAUAUAUUAUGAAGACUGUAAAAUAAUUGACUAUGUGCCCAAAACCUUUGGUGGAAGGUUUUUUUCCUGCCGAUUCCUGCAAUCUCACUUUCUUGAAAUGGCUUUGUCGUAUGCAUCUGCUUACAAUCUCUGUGUGGUAACAUUAGAAAGAUAUGUUGCUUUAGUGCAUCCACUACAGUAUGCAAGGAAACUCACAGCAACACGGAUGAAAACUCUGAUUGGUCUAAUCUGGGUGAUAUCAUUUCUAUUUUCGUUACCACUUUUAUUUAUAUUGAAAUCCAGCAAUGAUCCAGACGGGACUUGCUCAACUAUUCAAUACCAAGACGAUGCAUUUCGUAGUUUUGUUCGAGUAUAUAUAUCUGUCUCAUCAUACUUGCUACCACUAACAUGGAUGAGUUGGGCCUACUACCAGAUACAAGUCACUCUCAAAAGACAAGCAAAAGCCCUGAACCUGCAACAUGCAAGGGCAGCAGCCUAUGAUCUUGUGAUUGCUAGACAGCGUCUGGUCAGCAUGUUAACGAUCGUCUUCGGAGCUCUGAUCCUCCUGUGGACACCACUUAACAUAACUUUUCUUGUCUGCGUGCAUGGAGCAUAUAGAGGUCAAAUUCCUUUCUGCGGUUCAAAUGGCUUCAAGUACUUCAAAGCAAUUGCACAUGUCGUGUUUUAUUUCAAUUCAGUAAUUAAUCCCAUCAUCUAUGAGUUGAAAUACAAGAAAUUCCGACAAGGACUCAAGGUAGCUUUUUGUUGCUGUCGCAAAAGCCGUGGAGCUAACACAGUUGACAUUGCGAUGGUUCCCCUAUGAAUACAGUCAGCAUUGGUUAUAUUCUACAAGUUUACCAUUUCUAAACUAUGUAGGAUAGAACAGUGUAACAUAGUAACUUACCAAUCAGCCAGCGCUGAUUUAUUCCACCAUAAGUAAAUGUUGCUGCUUGUGUUCAACUUACAAAAUUGUUAUUAAAACUCCACUUUUUAUCAUCAUUGUCUCAGAAAACUCGGUGAGAAACGAGUUUAUGUCUAUGGACCUCUAUGACAAAACAAUAUCUGAGGUAACAUCUUUAGUCUAUUAGUUGCAUGCAAGCACUUGCUAAAUCUGGUUAUAUUAUAUUAAUUGUGCGAGGCAAUGUCUUGCAUUAUGUACUGUGUUAGUUUGUCUUACAGUCAUCAUGUGGACAUGUGAACAAAAGAUGUCAACCACUCAGCUUUCUAUAGGUUUGACGGGCUGGUUUGUUUCUGAUAUUAAGCAGAAGUUUCUGCAAUUAAUAUGUUAUUAGAUUUUAUAUCCGGAAGUAGAUCUUGCCUCAGGUUGCAAAGAAAGGCUAAGAAAUUUCCUUUAAAAAACACUUUGGUUCUUCAUGAUCGAGGAGAAAUAUUAAGCAGUAAUUAAAGAUCUAAA